UAAACAACAUCAUCGCGAUGAUCUAUGUGAAUAUAACAGUGAAUACUAAGUAUUGAAUAUUAUUGUGCAGCACGUAGGAUCGAUAGCUGGUGAUCCACUCUUGAGGAGUGAGUGUCCUGCAAAGUUUACACUGGGGGCAUCGCAUGUACUCCUGAAAUAGGCAACAAAGUAUAUAGUUUAGAGAAAAGGUAGUAUACAGUGUUCAAUGGUAACCUUAUUGUCCCCAGUGGGAAAUUGAUUUGCAGUAUGUCCACACAUGAAACAACACACACACACUCAAAACAGCCCAGAGAGAACAGCCCAAAUGUUAUCAUCAACAAAGUUCAAUGUCCAGUAGUGAUGGCAACAAUGCUUAUGGUUUAGUGUUAUUAAUCAUCACAAUAGCAGCAGGUAUAAAAGGCACUCUAUGUCUCUUGGUUACUAAGGUUACUAAGUCUGGUCUUAUUGGUCAAAGACAAAUUACCAUGCCAAGCAAUGAUACAAAACAUUAAAAUACAUCCAAUAAAACUUUUAUAAAAAAGGGUCAUCAUUUCAGAAUCUCCUUAAAAAGUACGAUCGUUAUUGGACCUUUUUCACUGUAGCAUCAAAAUGUGACUCAAAGGACAGAACCUUAUCAAGAACAACCCCUAAUUACUUAAAACUAUCCACCAGUUCAGUUGCUGCACCAUGUACUACUGUUGGUGCAGGAUGGGGGGAUGGCUUCCUGAAGUCAAUUACCAUGUCCUUACUUUUCAAGCUGCUGAUCUUUAAGAAUGACUGAUCACACCAAGAAGCAGACUCAUCCACAACAAGUCCAAAAGUCUAAAAUCCCACCAACAAGAUUAAAAUCCAGUUUAAACGGGUUAAGAAGUUUAUAAGCUAAGAGAUGUGGCUGGAUAGUAUUAAAAGCUGAAGAAAAGUCAAUAAAUAGGAGCCGAGCAUGCGCUUUGGCCUCAUCCAGAUGGCGAUAUAGGAAAUUUAAUAAAAUAAACUAACCAUAGCAUCAUACAAGGCCUGUUACUGAAAGUAUAAUUAUCACUUAUUAAUAAAUGUAUUAAUUAAUGAGUAUUGGAGAAAGCAUGCUAUGAAAGAAACCAAUAGAAACAAAGUCUAAGUUUUCCCUCCGCUGAUGUUACGCACUGCUUUUGGGACAUGCUGUGGACAACAAAAAUGAUGACAAGAAAGCUGAAGUUGUGGAGCAAGGCAGAUGCCAAACUUCAGUACCAACUGUGAAGCACAGUGGUGGAAAUCGUGUUUUGAAACUCCUUUGCUGUCUCUGUGCCUCUGUGCCUUGCAAUUAAUGAAAAAACAAUGAAUUCAAAACUGUAUCAAAAUGAUUUAUGGCAGAAUGUCAAAGCAGCCCUUCGUUAUGUAAAGCUUAGGAGAGGUUGGUUGGUACAACAGUGACCCAAUGUCACUGUGAGCACUUUAAGCCAAUGAGAUGCUGCUGAGGACCAUUAUAAGAGGACCAUUAGAAUCAAGACCAGCCAGAAAUAUUUUUGAGCUUAAAACUGUUAUUUAGAGGUGGGACAAUGCAAAUGUCAAUGCUGCUAUUGGUGCUGGAUUGAAACUAGGGCAGUAGGAUUUACACUAGUUUCUAUCCUCUAGGUUCAGUAUGUAGCGCACUGAUUUAUUUAUCUAUUUAUUUAUUUAUUUUGUGGAAAUGAAAAAAUAGACCUCAAAUACUGCACUAUAAAAGUCCCUGAACCUUUUUGUGUUCACUGUCACAUACAUUUUAUUUCUCGCCUAUAGCACAGUGAAACAACAGAAGUUGACUCAAAGCGUUUUGGAGUUUCAAAAUACACGAGAAGCUGAAAGGUGUGUCAUUGUGGAGAGUAAACGUCACAGUGAUUUAAUUGUCAUUAAAGCGUGUUCAUAAUUUGCAAACUGAUCGUGAUGCAUGUCAUAAAUCAUGACACCCUGCUCCCUGUUAAAUACGCUGCUUUUAUAGGUUAACAAUAUUGAUAUCAGCAAUACUGUCCCCGUAAUUAAUUGUUAUGGGGUAAUCGGUGUAAUUAUGCAACGAUUGUGUUUUGUGGUUGCGCAAAACAUAUAAAACUUACGUUUAAUCACAAAGUUGUUUUGCGCCUGUGCUGUGAUCAUUACGUCCAACUGCCGGUUGUUGGUAUCGGCAGAUCAGGUCACGUGACAAGUGGCACAGAGAAAGAGAGAAAAGAACGCUCGUGCCGUCUCCAUCCCGCCACACCAACGCGGAUGAAGCACCGGUCGACUUCAGAGCAGCAUCACGGGAAGAAGCCCCGUGUUCCUGCUGCCGCCGCGGCAACCUCCACCUCACCGCAAGACGGAAUGGAGGACAAAGCAGCGACAAAUCCGCGGGAGCUCACGCAAAACCCCCUGAAGAAGAUUUGGAUGCCGUAUAAAAACGGCCUUCCUGAAAAACACAUUUGUCAAAGGAAGGUAUGUAUGACCAACUGUCCCACACUCAUUGUUACCGUGGGCCUACCUGCCAGAGGGAAGACCUACAUCUCCAAGAAGCUGACCCGCUAUCUCAACUGGAUCGGAGUGCCCACCAGAGAGUUUAAUGUUGGACAGUACAGAAGAGAGUUUGUAAAGAUCUACAAGUCCUUUGAGUUCUUCCGUCCGGACAACGAGGAGGGGUUAAAGAUCAGAAGAAAGUGUGCUUCAGCGGCAUUGAACGAUGUGCGGGAGUACCUCACAGAAGACGGAGGCCAGGUUGCGGUGUUCGAUGCAACAAACACUACCCGAGAAAGAAGGGAGACCAUCCUGGAGUUUGCGGAGCAGAAUGGCUUUAAGGUGUUCUUUGUGGAGUCUGUGUGUGAAGACCCAGAUGUCAUACAGGAGAACAUAGUGCAAGUGAAACUGGAUAGCCCGGACUACACCAACUGCAACACAGAAGAAGCAGUGGAAGAUUUCAUGAAGCGGAUUAAGUGCUAUGAAAACUCGUACGAGACACUGGAUGAGGUACUGGACAGAGAUCUGUCCUACAUUAAAAUCAUGGACGUUGGUCAGCGGUACUUGGUCAAUAGAGUGUUAGACCACAUCCAGAGCCGGAUUGUCUACUACCUCAUGAACAUCCACAUCACACCCCGCUCCAUCUACCUGUGCCGCCAUGGGGAGAGCGAGCUAAACGUCAAGGGUCGUAUCGGAGGAGACUCGGGUCUGACGAUUAGAGGGAAGGAGUUUGCUAAGAAGCUGAGCCACUUCAUCCAGGAGCAAAACAUUAGCGACCUCAAGGUAUGGACUAGUCAGAUGAAGAGAACCAUCCAGACAGCCGAAGCCCUCAAUGUGCCCUAUGAACAGUGGAAGGUCCUGAAUGAGAUUGAUGCUGGUGUGUGUGAGGAGUUGAUGUAUGAGGAGAUCCAAAAAAACUACCCUCUGGAGUUUGCACUAAGAGACCAGGACAAAUAUCGCUAUCGCUAUCCAAAAGGAGAGUCCUAUGAGGACCUGGUGCAGCGGUUGGAGCCCGUCAUCAUGGAGCUGGAGCGGCAGGAGAACGUGCUGGUCAUCUGUCAUCAAGCUGUCCUGCGCUGCCUGUUGGCAUACUUUCUGGACAAAACAGCAGAGGAGCUUCCAUAUCUGAAGUGCCCACUACACACGGUGCUGAAGCUGACACCGGUGGCCUACGGCUGUAAAGUGGAGUCCAUCAGCCUAAACGUGGAUGCAGUGAACACGCACAGAGAGAGGCCAGCGAACGUGAACGUCCAACGUACGGCUGAAGACGCCUUGCAGACCGUCCCUCCUCAUCUCUGAUACCUCUGCUGGCUGGAACCCGGUGAUGCUGAAAGCUGGACCUUUCCCCUUCCUCCUUUUUCUUCCUUUUUUUUCCACCUUUCCAAAUGUGCACAACCUCCUCACACUGGUGACCAGCAGGUUAAUGUGUCUCCUUCUUCCUCCUCCACCAGCGCCAUACACACGCACACAUUUCUCUGUUACCCCUUGUUUAAGCAUAUUUUUUUGAGGAACUUGCGAGUGUCCGGGCCUCAGUGUUCAGCGGGCCCUCGGCAUCGCUGUUCCAAAUUAUUUAUGAAUCAAAGUAUUGUCUUGCACAGCAGGGAGUUAAACGCUUGGCUCACACAGCAGAUUCCUGUCUGCCUGUUACUGUACUCAGUGUGGUUUCAUUGUGUUGAUUUUGCGCAGCAGUAGCACUAACACUGAAAGUUACUGUUUUGUGUCUUGAAGUAUUAACCCUGUGAUUUUUUUUUUUCCGCUCCAUGUUUUUGAUAUGCAACUGUAACGUGCAAUCAUCAUCGGAUGUGAAGCUGUAUUCAGUGAUAAUGUGCAAUUUGUAGGCUGCAAACCUACUCGGACAACAGCUUACUAUUUUUAAAGUGCUGAUUCAGUAAGAGAUUAAAGGACUGGGUCGUUCAUUUUUAAUGGUAAACAAGUAGCCAUUUCAUUUUGUAGGGCUGGCUGGUGUAAUAGCUUUCCUUAGCUAUGUGGUGUACUGUAUCUGCUUGUACAGUGUCAGCUGAAACUGAUGUUUUAUGUAAAUGAUGAUUCCACACACGGGCCUUCAGUGAAAUACACUCACAUGCUUUCACUCAUUUCUGUGGAGAACACAUCAGAGCAUUAAACAUGCAAAACAGAAAAAAAGAACACAAUAUUAGCUUGAAGUUGGUGUUGUGGGUUAAGAUUUUAAAAAAAUGUACAUCCCAACUACACAAUAAUAAAGAUGUUAUUUUUUUAAGCCAA